AUGACAAAUGAUGAUGUUGCCAUUUCAGGAAUUGGUCAAAGAAAUUUUACUGAACCUAGAAAGAAAGCUCUACUCACAAAUCAUCUAAAGCAUCAACAGAUGGAAAUAUAUCCAAGCAAGUUAACGAAAAUGGGGGCUGAUCAGAUAUUUGCACUACGUGGAUACUUACGUGUUACAAUAAGACAAUAUUUUUAUGUUCGACAUCGAAUUGAUAUUGCAUAUCCGCAAUUACCACUUAUUUGUGUUGCUGGAGGUAGAAGACAUCAAUAUUUUUACCCAAUUGAAUGUAUAGAUGUAUUGGAAGCAGUAGAACAAUCCGAAAAUUUAUGA